AUGUCGAGCCGGAGCUCGUAUGAGGAGCGCGAGGGCCUACUUGCCGAAAACGACAGAUUUGACCCUUACGACGACCCUUUUGACAAGGAGUUGACUACUCAACCUAGCGAUGAAGAUGGUUGGCCGAGGUCCAAGAUGGUCAAGACAGCUUCCGGUUUUAUCCUUCUCCUUAUUCUCGGGGUGUUCGCCCGCGCACUGCUUCGCUCCCCUCUGCAUGUGCAUCCGGAUCUUUCUUUCAGUGGAGACUAUAUUCGCUCGAACGGGACACACGACUUCAGGAGAACUGUGUUAAUAGUUUCUAUAGAUGGCCUUCGUGCCGACUACUUAGAUAGAGGCCUGACUCCUCAUCUUCUCGAAAUUAGUAAGAGGGGUCUACGAGCAAAGUCCAUGGUGCCCAUCUUUCCGACGUUGACUUUCCCCAACCACUGGGCUUUGAUGACAGGUCUCUAUGCUGAAUCUCAUGGAAUUAUAGCGAAUAACUUUUGGGAUCCUCAAACCGAACUUGAAUUUCACUACAAUAAGAUAUCCUCUGCAUGGAAUCCCGACUUUUGGCUAGGAGAACCUAUGUGGGAGACUGCUAACAAGGCGGGUAUAAUCACGGCAAACCUCAUGUGGCCUGGACCUCCCAAAACAAAAUCUGGCUCGUCACCGACAUAUUUUGUACCGUGGAAGGAUAAAGUACCUUUGAGUGCUAAACUCGAUCAAUUACUCGCAUGGAUCGAUCUGCCGUUUGACGAAAGGCCACAGCUGCUUAUGGCGUAUGAACCUUCUCUCGAUCAGGCAGGACAUCUCACCGGACCCAUGUCAACGUUGGUCAACCAAACCCUUGCCCAAGUGGAUCUUUUCGCUGCAGCGCUGCACGACUCUCUUGUCGAUCGUAAUCUCACUGACAUCGUCGAUAUUGUCUUUGUCAGCGAUCAUGGUAUGACUGAUACCUCACAUCCUACGCUCAUCUAUGUCGACGACGACGACAUGCUGGGUGAACAAGGUCUUAGUGCUGUAGUGCACGAGGAUGGUUGGCCUGCAAUGGGUCUGAGGUUCAAUUCUAAGAAAAACGAAUCGUAUUACCUGGAGAAGUUACUCACCUCACAACAUCCUCAUGCAGAAGGAUUUGAUGUUUACACCAAGCACACCAUGCCUUCACGGUGGCACUUUGCUCACCACGAUCGGAUUGCCCCAGUCUGGAUCGUUCCAAAAAUUGAUUAUGCCCUCACAACAAGGAAAGAGGGCGAUGUUGGAAUGAGCAAAGGAAAUCACGGGUACGAUAACAACGAACACUCUAUGCAUGCCAUGUUCGUUGCCCAUGGACCCUUUUCUGCUGUUGUCAAGGACUUGCAUCGGUCUUCCUUUAGUGCUUGGCUUCCUUGGAAGAAUAAGGGUUGGCACUCUACUUCUGACGAUACUUAUGUGAUGGACAGCUUCCCGAAUGUGGAGGUUUAUGGCCUUGUAGCUAAGCUACUUGGCACGGAGAACUAUGCGUCUCAUAACAAUGGUACUAAAGGGUUCUGGGACAAAUAUUUCUAG